GGAAGUGCUGAUAAUACACCGCUGGCAGACCGCUAAAUUGUUGAGGUUCAUUUUCCAUUUCGUCGAACGUGACAUCGUUCUGCGUAGCCACGCGUGAUUGCAAUCUUGGGAAUUCUGUCGUUGAGAUGAAUGUCAGUAAAAUCUGAGAGUGACUAACUAGGCACACGGUGCCAUAAUGUCAUCGAAAGGUUCGACUUAGGAAUGCCUUAAAAUUCAUUUUUCUGUCUUGCACAAUAGCCACUGAUCCGACUCCGACAAAAUUUCAUUUAGUCGCGACGAAUCGUCGAAUAAUGGAGAACCACACGCAGGACAGCACCAUCAACAUGAACGGAAGCGAGGAUCUACAGCAGAAAGUAGAUAAACUGGAAUUGGAAAAUGUGAAGAUGCGUGAGGAAUUCAAUGUUCAGAGAGCAAAGCUAAAGGAACUGUUUCUUCAAAGAGAAGAAGAAUUCAAGAGGAGAUUACGCGAUAACACAUGUCUGCAAGAAGAGAUUGCAAGACUGAAAAAUGAAUUAGAUGAGGCAAAGACUCAACUGGUUGUUGCAGACCUAAAAGUUCAGAAUGAUAUGCUUAUUGAGAAAAGAAAAGCUCAAGAAGAAAUAGCAUCCUUACAACAAGUGAUACACGAAACGGUGGAAGAAAGUUCAUGUUCAAGAAAACAAUUGGACACAGAAGUCUCUAAAUUGAAAAUGACUCUUUCCAAGUUGCAAGAAGAAAACACGUUGUUAAAAUCGCAGUUACCUCGGGAGCCACCUGUAGAUGGACCACAGAUCUCACUAUCCACAGUCACCAAAACAAUAGCUCGAAAAGUAGUUUCACAAUUAGGUGCAGAUGCUUUAUCCUUAGGCCCUGACAAUCUCGAGGAAAGCAUGAGGAAGGUAAAAAAAUAUGCACAGGAAGAUGCAGAAGUUCUGCGUUCACUGGUAGUGCCACUCGAAGAAGAAAUUAAAGCCUUAAAAGAAAAACUGAGAUCUACAGACGAUGAGCUGCAGAAAUGCAAGGAAGCACAGACGCUAAAGAGACAACAGGAAUCUGGUUCCUUUGAACCUGUGUGCGAUAUGUGUGCAAAUUACGAGGCGCAAUUAGUUAAGAUGCAAGCAACCGCUAAAGAUUUCGAAAGGCAACUUCUCGACUCGGAGCGUAUGUUACAAGUGCAGAAAGAAGACUUGGCCAAAGAAGUGGAGUUCCGUAAAGAAAUGGAAGAGAAGUGGAAUGAAAAAAAAGAAGAGCACAAAAUCAAAGUAGCUGAAUUGACAGUCACCUCGCAAACUGUACAACAGACUUUGACUGAGCUGAAGAAAUCUUUUGAACAAGUUCAGAGGAACGUUAAAGAUGAACUGGUGAAGUUAACGCGGCGUCGGGAAGAAGUACAGAGGCACCUUAUUGCACUGCAAAAGGAAAAUGAGAAUCUUGUUGGUAAGCAUAGUAAGCAUUCCCAGCAAUUGCAAAGUGAGAGCAUCAAUAUGCCGAACAAUGUCGAAGACUUGCAUGUUAGUCUUCUAAAAAUGCGCGAGGAUCUGAUUACUGCCAAAGUUGCGCAAGAGGUUGCGCAAGAAAAAGAGGACACGUUACGAUACGAAGUGACCUUGCUUCAUGAACAAAUGGAACAGGAAAGUAGAGUGAAAGAACAAGAAGUGUCGGUAUUGAAGAAUGAUAUCAGCGGAUUAAGAACACAAUUAGAUAAAUACAUCAGAGAUCAUCGAUCGCUCGCUGAGAAAGAAGAAAAACUAGAACGUUUAGAAAAACAACUGGACGUGGUGUUAAAAGAAAAUAAAGAAGCUGAUUCAAAAAUAGCCGAAUUACGACAAAGAGUUACCAGCCUUCAACAAGAACUAGAUACUAGUGAAGCAGUUCAGAAAGACUUUGUUAGACUGUCACAGUCGUUGCAGGUACAACUAGAAAGAAUCAGACAAGCUGGUAGUGAAGUUAGAUGGCAACACGAGGAGGACGUAGAAGAAUGCCCUAGUUGUCAUACUGCUUUCACGGUUACAAAGAAAAAGGUACAUUGCCGUCAUUGUGGCCAUAUAUUUUGUCAGUCGUGCCUUUCACAUGUUGUGAAAAGCGGACCGAAACAAAGACCAUCCAGAGUCUGUGAUGUUUGCCAUACGCUGUUGGUGCAAGAUACAGCACCGUAUUUUAGCCAAGAACCACCACACACACCUGAUUAAAUGUUCGAACGCAAGACCAGUCCAGCGAUGUGCAAUAUUGAUUUGUUUCAGGAAAUUUUAGAGAUGCUGCUAGUGCGAGAGGGGGCUAGAUAAGAUUCCUAUUACCUGAAAACUGGAGUGAUAAGAUAAAUAUCGUG